GACCUCAAACAAGUUGCACAGACUUAUCAACAUUGCUUGUCCUGUGCAGGCAAUUCUGCUCGUUCUACAGGAAAAAUCGAUCGGUUUACAGCGAGAUUGAUUGUCUUGGAACGUUUUGCAGGCUAGAAUGUCGCGAAAGCUGUCCUUCCGCGUUGUUUAUUGGAGCAGCGAGGAGGACGACUAUCCUGCGGUCGGUCUGCAGUUUCACACUCCUCUUGCUAAGGGAUGGCGGUCUUCAAGAACAUUUUGGGAGGUGGGGCACGAAGGCAGAGAAUUUUUGCAGCAUUUGUCACAACAGUCAGCAAAUCCAGAAGCCAAUUUUAAUGCUUCCAUGUUCAUGUCGUAUUGGAGAAAAAGAUUUCUACAAUUCUGCAAAGAUGCAAUGCCAAAGUAUUGUACAUAUCCACAAGAGAUUGUUCUACAGCUUUCUGAGCCUGUUCGUUUGAGGAAACUGCAGAUUUUAUCUCAUCAGUAUAUGAUCGCUUCAAAAAUAGAGUUGCACAUAGGAAUUUGUCCACCAGGAUCAUCAUGUUCAUAUCACAACUGCAGAUUUCAGAGACUCGGUUAUAUUUCACUGUCAGAUAACAAAGCAACACAAUUCCAGGCAAGAGAGUUGAAAUCAAUCCACAUUGACGCCAUUGGCCAGUUUAUCAAAUUCGUAUCUCUUAAGAACUACAUCAAUAAACGAAACAUUUUUAAUCAGGUUGGAUUAGUGGCUGUGAAUGUGAUUGGCGGGCAUGCGAACGAUGCUAGAGCAGCAGAACGCAAUCAGAGUCACACAUUUCAUGAUACUCGUAGACAGGCUGGUCUAGCCGAUGUUCUUCACUCGUAUUUACCACCCGGAUUGACACACAGCAUGAACCCUGAUCCUCUGCUGUGGGGCUCAAUUAACAGGACAGAGAACAUUCCAGCUGUAGAUGAUCUCAUGUUUGACAUGUAUAUUGAUCCUGAGACUGCUAGCUUAAUUCGGAAGCUGGAAAUCAAGAAGAACGAGGCUGUAUCGAAGGAACGGUUUGACUAUGCCAAGAAACUGAAGCAAGCAAUAGCCGAUUUGAGGAAGGUUGGUGAACGACUGGGCCGAUAUGAAGUCGAGAAACAAAAAGCCGUUCAAAAAGAGGAUUAUGAUACAGCACAAAUGAAAAAGAUGCAGAGUGACCAGUUUAGAAUGCAGAUUUAUAGUCAGUUGGAUCUCAAUGAUCUUCUUGAACUUGAUUAUCAUCAGAGUCGUUCACCUGCUGUGCCAGUUGGUCAGCAGUCUCACCACAAGUGGAAGUCAUCUCACUCGCCGGAUCCAAUAGUAUACAGCUCUCCUCCUCGUCCCGUCCAGCACACACGUGAUAUAUCAGAUGGCACAAUGGCCAACGAUCGAGCCCUCACAACGCUUGCAUUCAACUCUCCAUUGUCACCUCGUCACAGCCAAUCUCCAGUAAUGAAUUCCAGACUAUUUGAUGAAUCUGAUGAACGGCCACUGCCAGCAUUAGCCAAUCGUUCUCAGGCGAAUUUUGAGGCACAAAAUGACGAUGGAGCAACACAUUCAGAUGGUCCGGAGCCAUUAAGUGACAAGUCAUCUCGAGAGGCUUCGUCAGCUAUUGAAAUAUUUGAUUUAGACCUGGUAAUGAAAGCUUACUCUAAAGUUUACUCUUUUCGAGAGGAGGCUCUAAAUGCUCUGCUUGCCCACUUGAUUCACAAGGAUUUAGGAGAUCACGAUAAAGUUGACGUAUUGAGAGCUACAGUGUUGUUGCUUCGUAAAGCUCUUACAGACAAAGUUCAUUCAGUUUUCUUGCUUUCCUUGAAUGUUUUGAAGAUCCUACUCACAACAUUUGCAAAGAAACACAAAUUAAGCAAAGAGAACAUUGUUCAUGUAAUGGAGAAGACAGUGCCUUUGGUGCUUGCUAAAGGUGUUGACAUGACGGUUAGGAUAAGAGACAGCGCGAAGAAUUUUGUCAAAGAGCUUGCUGAAUUUCCUCUUGUCAAACCGUUGUCUGUGGUGGGACCAAUGUGUGUUGAGCCUAUCAAGCCUCGAAGUCCUGGGCGUUUGUACUGUUCACGACUCGAAGUUGUUGAGAUGCUCAUCAAAGAGCAAGGUGUACAGAACAAGAGUGGUCUUACCGUGGAUAACGUAAUGAAGUUUGUGUGUCCUGCAUUGGAACAUACACAGAAGGAAGUGCGUGAUGUAGCAGUCAGAAUUAUUCUCGACCUCUACCAGCAGGAAAGUUCGAAGGCUGUUGUUCGCUCACAUCUUCCUGAUACUGAGGAAGCACGAAAGAAGACUCUGUGGAAAAUGCUAUUUAGACAGUUUGACAAGAUGGAUGGUAUACCAACUGUGGAGGAGCAACAGGCUGUAUUACAUGCUGAGGAACGACAGAAGCAGGAAGAGGUGCAGAAACUGAAGGAACAACUGGCAACACUCAAAGAUCUUGCAUCUGGCAAGGUUGGAGCCAGUGAAGUUGAUCUCGCUGCUUUAGGCUUACCUGGUACUGGCAGUGACCGAACUAUCAACGACAAGGGAAUUCCUAAGUCUUUAGCCGCUCAUUCUGCCACAUCGUUUAGCACAGGAAUGAGAACACCCAUCAGAGCUCAUGCUGAUCGACGAAGAAGAGAGAGUAAACCCCACACUGCAGAUGCAGAAUCAAACAAGUCGUGUGUAUUCUGUGGCGACUACGAUGACAGUUAUGACGCCGCAGGUUUGGAGAAACAUUAUUUAGACGACUGUCCAAUGCUACAACGAUGCACACAUUGUAAUCAGGUUGUUGAAAUCGCUCAAUUGACUGAUCACUGCCUAAGUGAGUGUGAAUCAAAAGCGAACUUCAAAGAGUGUCCUCACUGCAAGGAAGCCAUUCAGACAAAAGACUUUGAAGAGCAUACUACUGAAGGCCGUUGCAAAGCCCCAACAGAAAGACAUGUUCACUGCCCACUGUGUCAUGAGAAUGUGGCAAUGGAUGAGGAAGGUUGGGUGUUGCAUUUGACGAGUAAAGAUGGCUGCCAACACAAUUCUCGUCGACGAGAACCUCGCAAAGGUAAGCGGAGGAAACCCCAAGCAGGAGCAGGUGGUCAAGGCGCUGGCAGGGGGGUGACUGGAGGUCGGAAAAUUCGAGGUGUGACUCGAGGCAGUAAAUUACCAGUCCGAGGCAGAUCUAAGCAACAUUGAAAAAUUAUUCAUUGAAAAUUUACGAGCGAAAUCAGACAUCGUCUAGCUAUUAAAAGUUGAAUAAAUAAAUGUAUAUUCAGGUGA